UUCUCUUGCUGCUCUUGCUGGCCUUUCCUCACCGGUCACCACUCUCAACCUAACCCUUUAUAUAACAACCCUAAACUCUCUCUCUUUCCUCCCUCACAUUCUCUCUCUUUCUCUCUCUAAGUUUUGAGUUUUGCUCAUUUUUGUCUUGUGUUUUUUUUCAUUCAAAUUCUUUGCUUUAAAAUUUAUUUUUUGUUUAGAGUUUUAAUAGAGAAGGAAAAAUGGCGCUUUGCUUCGGAUUUUCUAAAGCAUUUUUUAGAGUUGUUCUAGUCUCUGCAAUUGUCUUGUUCGCCCUUCUAUCCCCAUCUGCUGCUGCCACGCCCAAGCCCUCAGCUGCUGCUGCAACUCCUUCCUCCGCCCCUUCUCCCACCGCCGCCGCCCCUGCCCCUGGCCCUUCCAGUGAUGGAACUUCAAUAGACCAAGGGAUUGCAUAUGUGCUGAUGCUAGUGGCUCUGGUGCUGACAUAUCUCAUUCAUCCUAUGGACGCAUCAUCAUCCUACAAUUUCUUUUGAGUUGGAUUCUUUUUAGGUGAAUUAGUUAAAAAAAAAAUAUGAGAAAAAAAUGGUGGUGAUUUUUUCCUUUUUCCUCUAUGAUUUAUUUGACCCCGUGAUUGUUUGUGCAUAUUUAGAGAAAUUGAUGAGUGGUAAUAUUUGAGGCUGAUUUAGCUUCUGUUAUAUAAUUGUUGUCAGAUUAUUGUUCC